AGGACUUAUCUUAUUGAGCAGCAAUUCCAGCUAUGUCUUAGAGCCAAUUCCCGACAGCCCAAACCAGCACUUGAUCUACAGGUUGGACGACCUGAGGUUGCAGAGAGGAGCCUGUGGCUACGAGGGCACUGGGGACGCAGCCAAAGACUGGCUCAGGGACUUCACAACUGGGAUGAAACCACCUCGCCAAAGGGUGAAACGGGAGACUCUGCAGGCUACGAAGUACGUGGAGCUUCUGCUCGUGGCUGAUUAUGCAGAGUUUCAGAAGCAUCACUUCAACAUUGAAGCAACAAGGCUUAAAUUACUGGAGGCUGCUAAUUACGUAGAUAAGUUUUACAGAUCCCUGAAUAUCAGGAUUGCCGUGGUGGGGCUGGAGAUCUGGAGUAAUUGGAAUAAAUGCGAUGUAACUGAGAAUCCCUACUCCACCCUGAAGUCCUUUCUGGCCUGGAGUAGCAAGGAGCGGGUGCACAGAAAACACGAUAACGCCCAACUAAUCACGGGUGUGCCCUUCCAAGGUACCACAGUAGGCUUGGCUCCUGUGAUGGCCAUGUGCUCUGAUUUCCAGUCAGGAGGAGUAAACAUGGAUCACUCUGAUAAUGCUAUUGGUGUUGCUGCUACCAUUGCCCAUGAGAUGGGACACAAUUUUGGCAUGAAUCAUGAUUCAGCUGGCUGCUGUACUACCCCUGCGGAAGAUGGAGGCUGCAUCAUGGCUUCUGCAACUGGGCACCCAUUCCCCAAGGUGUUCAACCAGUGCAAUAGAAAAGAGCUGGAGAAGUAUCUGCAGUCUGGUGGAGGGAUGUGUCUCUCCAAUAUGCCGGAUACCAAAAAAAUGUAUGGUGGGAAGAAAUGUGGAAAUGGCUACUUGGAAGAGGGGGAGGAGUGUGACUGUGGAGAGGUGGAGGAAUGCAAUAAUCCCUGCUGCGACGCCAGCACCUGCUCCCUGAAGCUGGAUACCGAAUGCGCCCACGGCAGCUGCUGUCAUCAGUGCAAGCUGAUGUCUCCGGGAACUCUCUGCAGAGAGAGAUCAGGACUCUGUGACCUCCCAGAGUACUGCACUGGCGAGUCACCGUUCUGCCCCCCCAACUCUUACCAAAUUGAUGGGGCUUCCUGCGACGGAGGAAACGCCUAUUGCUACAGUGGCAUGUGUCUCACAUAUAAAGACCAGUGCUUGCAGCUGUGGGGGCCUGGAGCAAGGCCAGCACCCGAUGCCUGCUUCGAGAAGGUUAAUGCUGCUGGAGACAUCUACGGGAACUGUGGGAAGGACAUCUACGGCAACUACAGGAAGUGUGAGAUGAGAGAUGCUAAAUGUGGGAAGAUCCAGUGCCAGAGCUCUGCUUCCAAACCCCUGCAGUCCAAUGCAGUGGCCAUAGACACAACUAUCCGCACGCAGAGGACGCAGCUGAGGUGCCGAGGGACCCACGUGUACAGAUCUGAGAGUGAAGAAAAGGAGAUGCUGGAUCCUGGCUUGGUGUUGACAGGAACAAAAUGUGGGAGCCAUCAUGUUUGCUUUGAGGGAUGCUGCCAGAACACAUCCAUCAUCUUUGAUUCUGAAAGCUGUAGCAAGAAGUGCCACGGGCAUGGAGUCUGCAAUAACAACAAGAACUGUCACUGCAACCAGGGGUGGGCCCCCCCGUUUUGCAACAAGCAGGGGAGCGGAGGAAGCUUGGACAGUGGUCCCCCCAUGCCUGAAGGCCCUUCAGCGGUCGUGAUAACUCUCGCAAUCCUGGCUCCCAUUCUCCUUCUCAUUGGAAUCAUGUUUUUAUUCUAUUAUCUGAAAUGCUGGAAUAAAUUCACCAUCUGUUCUCUAAAGAAGACCCCACAGUUCAGUGACACCUCUGGAAAUGGGCACGCAAACCCUGCCUUCAAGUUGAAAACCCCGCAGGAGCAGAGGAAGGUGAUUGGGUUCCCCGAAAUCCCAUUGAAACCUCCUCCCCAGCAAGCUCCAGGGCUCCGAGUAAACCUGCAGCAGCCAUCUGCCUUCUCCACUGGCCACAGCUGCGGCGUGGGGCAGCCCGCCAGGCCAGCGCAGCCAGCACCUGCGAAGGACGUUGCCCGGCGGACACCCCCGAGCAGGCCAGUGCCUCCUGCUCCCAAACCCCCUGUCUCUCAGGAUAUUUCUAGGCCCCGGCCACCCCAAAGAGCUUUGCCGGCUAAUCCCGUCCCAGCCAGACCCAGAGCCUGGCCGGGGAGCAGCCCUGCCAUCUCGCUGCCUCCUGCCCACACCAGAAACCCAGGAUGACUCCAGCCUGCGGCAGAGAAUGGUGUCGGCACAGCUGGAGCAGUGAACGUCUUCAAAGUGGGACAGCCGGGCUCCCGUGGGCACUCAUGA